UCAUCUUACUCUCUCUUUUUCAUGAUAAGCUGUUUCCUCCUACAGCUCAGUCUGACUGAAUCUGAAGAUGUCUUAAGAGGUGCAGAGAGCCCGCGGCUCCUCUGAUGUUACAGCAGGGCCUCCGCGGGUCUUUCUGAGAGCAGCCGGUGAUGAUAAAUUAUUUCCAGAGAUGUAGCCGCACACCUCCUCCUGCUCCGUUAUGUUACUUGGAAACCGUCAGAAAUUAGCUGCGGAAAGUUUUUCUCUCCGGAUGGAAGAAGUUUUGAGACAAAGCGGUCGCCACGGGGCUGUUUUCGCCCCUGUUUUGAGACAUACUCAUGUUGGAAAGCGUAGGCCUGCGGUGAAUUUACUGGCUACAUUAACAUCUUACGUAAUAAUGGAUGAAACCAGGCUCUGAAUGACACAAUGUCUUGGGGGGAGUUCAUCGAGCUCCGUGAUCUGAGGACGGACAGAGAGCAGAUCGAGCUGACACAUGGCACACUUUCGCCCUGCUCACCUCCGCGCCUGGAGAGAGCCAAUGCCCUGAGGAUCAGUCCGGGGAAGGUCCCAGACCUGCUGAGCAGGGUGGGCAUCAUCAGACUCAUGAGCAGCACCCAGGACCCCCAGCCUCCUGAGGAGAAGGGAGAGGGACACAACUUCCAGCCCUGCAGCCACGCUCAGCCCACGUGGUGCGACCUGUGUGGAGACUUCAUCUGGGGCCUGUACAAGCAGAGCCUGCGGUGUGUCAGUGAGUUGGCUUACAUGGGCUAUUUGUGUGUGUGUGUGAUUGCUUCUGUGCAUAUGCAUGAUCAGAAAUGA